AUGGAUGUGAAGAAGGUCUGCAAUCCACCUCACCUCCUCUACCGAUUCUGUACUCGUCCGGAAAUGCCAAAUUUGGGUGUUCUCGGGCACCAAUCAGGCCAUCACUUUUUCUCCCCACCAUCUAGGCCAAACGUCCUCCUAGAACUGGCGCGUCUAAUAUUCUCCGACCAAUCAGACAUUAGUCGUUUGAUUUAUUCAAUCCUCAUGCACAGCCAAUCCCUACUUACUUGUCAACGCUGCCAGAUACUUCUAGUCAACGACUUCAAGGAUGAUACAGUGAGUCAACUCCAACUGGCUACACCAGAUGAUCUACAGUGCUCCACUAUGCAUCUCGAUUUCAUUCUCUCGAUAGUCACUACGACUCCCGAUGCGGAUGUGUUCACAGCUGCCUAUGACUACACGUGGAAGGAUAGAGAGUUGGAUUUGAAUGAAAUAUUGAAAAGGGGACACAGGUACGGUAAUCCAAGUCUUGUAUGCAUGCAUAACAAUCCACUGCAAUCACAAUCUCAUUCAUAUUCACCCCAUGACAGAUGUAUUAAUGCAUUUGACACAUUAAUGGAUGUUAACUCCAUAUUUUCACAUUAUCCUAACUACUCCCCAACACCAAUCACCAUCACCCUUCCUAUUACCUCCCACUCCUCCCUCCUUCCCUCUUUCCUUACACACCUCCUCCUUCUCUCUCCCUUUACAUACUCCUCCCUUACUCCCUCCCACCUCCCUCCCUCCUCCCUCCCUCUCCCCUCACCGCCCAUCCUUCUCCUCCUUCUUGCCGACCACAGGAGACGACACUGCUACCACCCUGUAACCACUACACCAACACCUCACACAUCCAACAAUUUCACCUCUGUCCUCUUUCUUCCCUCCCUCUCCAUGGAGUUGCUAAACCCUAUGCACUUCCGCAUUGCCAACAGGUCAGAGGGCGAUUACUUAAUGUCCCACCAACGCAUCACCACAACACAUCUAUUCACCAACAUUGGACACGUCAAUGCUGUCGCCCCUCCACCCCAUCUUUCCCUGCAUCACACCCAUCUCACCCCUCCCACCGUCUUCUUCUCACUUCUCCUCUCCAUUUCUCCACUCCAUCCCUCACACUACUCCUCACCCCAGAGACACGGAGAUGCGAAUCGUUUUGUGGAGGACAAUACAACCAACAUAGGCAGCAGUCAGUGUGCGUGGACACGAGGUGGUGGUGUCCAUGCUCAUGCCUUCCACCACUGCUGUCAACGUGAUGAUCCAAUCGCCGCCCACGAAUGA